GCGCCGAAGUGUUCCUUAUGGAGUGGGCUACUCUAGCCUCCUAUUACGUCUCGCUGAACUUUGUGGUCACUCCCACAAACGAAUUCGUGUUUUCUUACUAACUUCCCAGCAGUUUUCAUACCAAACGUUACACAUCGUAGAAGUGGAAAAUACAAUCAAAUCUGAUUGAAGAGUUCAGAACUUUUUCAAUCUGAGUCCUUGAACCAUAUCUUUCUGUGCGCUUGUUCUACAUUCCAACUGCGAGUGAAAGUUACGCAAGACCCAACAUGGACGAGGCAGAGAAGUACCAGCAGAGAGUGCAGGCUAUAGAGGACAAGCGGCGUAAGCAGCAGGAUGACGAGAAAGCAAAGAGGGAGAUGGAGGAGGAGUGGCUGACGCAGGCCCAGCGCAAGCGGAAGUCCUUGAGGGACCAGUGGCUGAGCGAGAACCCUCAGCCUGUCCCUGGGCGCAGCGCUGAGAACCACACAGAGGAGUUGCCAACUGAAGAGGAUAUAGUGGAGGUCAUUGAAUCCACAAGCUACACAGUCACCAAUGCCCAGAACCACAGCCAGGCUGACAUUGAAGAGGGUGGGAUACAAGACAUCAUCAGAGCUGCUGGGGGUCAGCUCCCUGGGCCAGUAAUGGAGAGGGUUCUCCAUGAGAAUGGACUGGAAGGUCGAUCAGUGCUGGGGAUGGUUGCAGUGCAGGUGGAGAGGGAUUCAAAGACAGGGGUCACCAAGAUCAGGUCUGUGGUGCCCGUGUCUGGAGCACCCAGGGCCUUGGGGGAGACGGUGUUCAAUGACAGCAGGAAGAGCGUCCACCACGUCGGCGGGGCAGAGGGGCAGCCUUCUGCUGAGGAGCUGGGACAGCUCCUUAGUGUCAUCAACAAUGUCGGGAUGCAAGUGCUGCUGGAUGAGAUCCCAGUUGUACCACAAAAGAAGGCAGAGGAGAAGAUAGAGGUUGGUGGUGGGAUGGAAGAGGAGGUGGACAAUGUGGAGGACCCUGCCACACCUACAACCCUGGGCUACACUGAGGAAGAGGUUGAGGUUGUGGGGCAUGAGAAUGAUGAGAUGGACGAGGAGAUAGAAAUAGGAGUGGUGGAAACUGUGGAGGGCCCUAUCCGACCGACCGACCUGGGCUACACUGAGGAAAAGGUUGAGGAUCUGGGCUAUGAGGAUGAUGAGAUGGACAAGGAGACAGGAGUAGACCUUGUGGAGGGCACUGUCACACUGACCUUCCUGGGCUACACUGAGGUAAAGUCAAAGAGCGAGGGUCUGGGCCAUGAGAAUGAUAGAGAGUUGGUGGAGGUGGAGAGGGUGAUCAUUUCUGACGCGGGUGAGGAGGAGAUUGUUCUUCAGUCUCCGGUUCUUGGGUCUGAGACUGAACCCUUCCUGGGCUACACUGAGCAAGAGGUUGAGGCUGUGGUGCAUGAGGAUGAUGAGGAGGACGUGAGUGGAUUAGUUGUCUUUGUGGAGGGCCCUGUCCCACCUGUCAUCCUGGGCUACACUCAGGAAGAGGUUGAGGAUCUGGGACAUGAGGAUGAUCACCCCAGACCAACCCCACGUUACAGAGCCGAGGAAACAGGAAAGAGGGCAUCCAAACACAAUACCAAGUGCUGCUCUAUCAUGUGAUUCUGCACAUGAUAGAGCAUCACCCCCCCAUUCCUCUAAGCUAUGCCACUCAUGAUGAAUGGUCUGUAUGCGUGGCCUAAAUCUACAACAUUGUCUAAAUUGCACAGGAUGUGCUCCAGAGAAGCGUGCCUUUGCUCCUCCUCUAAAAUGUCACUGGUAUACUCUGAGACUACAGUCCCACAUGGCUUGUGUCAUGGAGUGUUUACUGUUAUCCUCCUCUCUUCAAACAGCUCUGUGAACAGACUCCAGUGUGACUGUUACAAAGCCCUUCUGCCUCCUGCUGGACACAGUUCAGUAAUGCAACUAGGUUUUACUGCCAAAAUCCCAGCAGCACUCAUCUCCCGCUCCUCUGCCUUUGUGAUUGGUUGUAUCAGCCCAAAAAAAGUACUCAGCAUUAUGUCCUCUAGGAAUGAACCAAAGAUGAAGAAUAGAACAACCACUGAUUUGUUUCUUUUUGGAAAUAGAUUUUUAAAUAUUAAUCUCAGAAAUGCCUGAUGUGCCUAUUUCAAUUUCAAUGGCAAAUAACCCUUUUGUUCUCUACUUUUAGAGUGUCCUCAUCAGUAAUACAAAUGUAAUGGUUAUGAAUAUGAUACUAUAUUCCGUCAGUGACCAAAACAGUCUGUUAAAGAAGGGUUGGUUGUCAUUACAUUUAUUCAGUGCGAUUUGUAUGUGUAAGUGUGUUUGAUAGUUGAAUUUUGAUUUAGCCAUGUCUAUUAAAACCUCUCUGGGAUAUGUGGGACAGUAGUGUCCCACCUGGCCAACAUCCAGUGAAAAUGCAGAGCGCCAAAUUCAAAUAAAUUACUCUAAAAAUUAAACUUUCAUGAAAUCACACAUUCAAUAUACCAAAUUAAAGCUACACUUGUUGUGAAUCCAGCCAACGUGUCAGAUUUAAAAAAUGCUUUACGGCGAAAGCAAACAAUGCUAUUAUCUGAGGAUAGCACCCCAGCUAACAAUCACAGACCAUCAUAUUUCAACCCUCCCGGCGCGACACAAAACGCAGAAAUAAAGAUAUAAUUCAUGCCUUAUCUUUGACGAGCUUCUUCUGUUGGCACUCCAAUAUGUCCCAUAAACAUCACAAAUGGUCCUUUUGUUCGAUUAAUUCCGUCGAUAUAUGUCCAAAAUGUCAAUUUUUCUGGCGUGUUUGAUCCAGAAAAACACUGGUUCCAACUUGCACAACGUGACUACAAAAUAUCUCAAAAGUUACCUGUAAGCUUUGUCCAAACAGUUCAAACUACUUUUGUAAUACAACUUUAGGUAUUUUUAACGUAAAUAAUCGAUAAAAUUGAAGACGGGAUGAUCUGUGUUCAAUACCGGAGGAAAACAAUUUGUAGCAUGCUUUCUGGUCACGCGCCUCUAACUAACAGUACACUUCACUGGAGCCUCAUUCUGAACAGGGCUACUUCUUCAUUUCUCAAAGGAAAAACCUCAACCAAUUUCUAAAGACUGUUGACAUCCAGUGGAAGCGAUAGGAACUGCAGGAAGGUCCGUUCGAAAUCUGGAUUCCCAAUGAAAACCCAUUAAAAAGAGAGUGACCUCCAAAAAACAUCUGAAUGGUUUGUCCUCGGGGUUUUGCCUGCCAAAUAAGUUCUGUUAUAGUCACAGACAUGAUUCAAACAGUUUUAGAAACUUUCGAGUGUUUUCUAUCCAAUACUAAUAAUAAUAUGCAUAUAUUAGCAUCUGGGACUGAGUAGGAGGCAGUUUACUCUGGGCACACUUUUCAUCCAAGCGUGAAAAUGCUGCCCCCUAUCCUAGAGAAGUUUUAAUGAAGGUGGAUAAAAAAAAAAUGGAAUGUGUGUGUGAUUAUCAAAACACAAUAUAUUUCAUAUUCUUAA